ACCAGCCUAUAUAGGAAAACACAAAUCUUGACAUUCUUGUUGUAUCUCUGUUAAAACCAAUCAAGAGAUGAUGAAAGAAACAGUGUACUUAGGAUGAUUUGCUUUCAAAGAAGAAGGGAUUUUGCCUCUAAACAAAAAACAUUAAAAAAACACUCUGCCUAUAUUAUCAUGGUCACAACUGCGUCAAGAAUUGAAGAAAAUCCCUACGGCACUUUUGCAAAAGAUGCAAGCUCGGCAUCUCUGUCAGCGGGGCACUACGACUACAUAGUCAUCGGAGGUGGAGCUGCCGGUUGUGGGCUGGCGGCUACGCUAUCCGCCUCCGCGAAAGUGCUCCUCUUGGAGAGGGGCGGCCUGCCUUACGACAACCCAAAUGUAACACACCAAAGUGGUUUCGUAAAAACAUUUAUGGACACCUCAUCCGCCUCACCCGCACAAUCGUUCGUGUCAAGGGAUGGCGUGCGACUAUUUCGAGGACGCAUUCUGGGUGGCGGCUCGGCCAUUAAUGGGGGUUUGUACUCUAGGGCCAGCCGUGAGGAAGUGGCUGAGGCAGGGUGGGACCCGCAUCUAGUCAACCAGUCAUAUACAUGGGUGGAGAGGAAGUUGACUUUCCGUGUGAAAACGUUGUUGCAAUGGCAGACGACGGUGAAGGACGGGUUGGUGGAGGCCGGGGUGGUGCCCUACAACGGAGGGACUUAUGACCACUUGGAGGGGACCAAAAUAGGGAAUUCUUUAUUUGACGAGAAUGGGCAUAGGCACAGUGCUGCGGAUUUAUUGGAGUAUGCCGAUGACACUAAGAUCACUCUCUAUUUCCAUGCCGUGGCUCACCAAAUCUUGUUUAAGAGGCCUUCGUUGAGCCAGAAGCCCACAGCAUAUGGAGUUUUCUUCAAAGACUCGAAAGGGAAUGGUCACACUGCGCUUUUGAAUGGAGGGCCCAAGAACGAGGUCAUUAUCUCCGCCGGUACAAUUGGAAGCCCACAACUAUUGAUGCUUAGUGGUAUUGGGCCGUUUGAUCAUCUCAAAGCCCACGGAAUAGACGUGAUAAUGGACCAACAAAUGGUUGGGCAACAGAUGGCUGACUACCCAUUGAGUGGAAUCCUAGUUCCAUCCAUCAGGCCCAUUGAGACGGCAUUUGCUGAUGUGUUGGGCGUGACUCAUUCGGGGACAUACAUAGAAACAAUCAGUGGAUUGUCUCUUGUCCCCGAAGCCGUACAAGCACUCACUCAAGCUAGCGUUGACAUGUCUUUUUCGGAUAUGAAGAUGCAAGGAGGGAUCUUUUUUUCAAAGUUGAACAAAACUUUCUCCCAAGGGCACAUGGAACUCAAGAACAAGGACCCAAAUGAUAACCCAACGGUCACCUUUAACUACUUCCAAGACCCGAGGGACGUCCAAACGUGUGUGCGAGGCAUGGAAGUCCUUAGAAAAGUCUUCGAGUCGGAGUCCUUUGCUUCGUUGCGAAACCCGUCAACCUCGUUUGAAUCUCUCCUUGACUUGGUAUCGGCAUUUCCCGUCAACUUGAGGCCAAAACACCACCUCGAGUCUGCUUCGUUGGAGCAGUUUUGUGUUGACAACGUGCUUAGCGCGUGGAACUUCCACGGUGGUUGCCGAGUGGAUAGCGUUGUCGACCGCAAUUACAAAGUGAUCGGUGUUGAUGCUUUACGAGUAGUUGAUGCCUCCACAUUUUCUAGCGCCCCUGGAAUAAGUCCUCAGGCAACUAUCAUGAUGUUUGGAAGGUACAUGGGAGUAAAAAUGUUACAACAGCGAUCCACUUCGAAUUGAGCUUAGACAAACUAGGUUCUACUCGAAAUCAUGACAUGAAACCCAACAUACUUGAAAUGAUUUUGGGAGAAUUAUAACAAUUAAGCUCAUACACGAAU